GCGACCGUCAUAAAGGCUACAGACACUGCCAGCCAUGUCCUGCCUCUAAACAUAUGCUGUAUUUUUAAGCCUUUGUAUUCACCCGAAAUUACAUUUUUGCUCUUUUUUGUAGCCGUCCUCUUUUGUCUUAAAGGUGUGCAAACGUUGCUUCCCGACGCAGCGGCCAUGUGCGUGAGCGCGCUGGCGGAGAGGAGGUCUGAUGUUCGGCUGCUUCUGCUCUUGCUCACGGUGAUGCUCUCGUUCUCCGGUUGUGCAAGCAUGGAUGUUAUUGUGCCCAGUAAAAUCAAUGUAAUGAAUGGAUCCGAUAUCAAAAUCCCAUGCACUUUCACCUCCUGCUAUAAGAUAGACACAAACAAGUUUGUCAUGAACUGGACCUACCAUGAAUCAGUCAACGAUACAGAACAAAUGUUUUUGGCGUACGACAGGAAAAAAGGAAUGGUGGCUUUGCUUCCAGAGCGGUUUGGAGAUAGGGUGCUGUUUGCGGGAAACCUGGAAAAGAAUGACAUGUCAAUCACCCUAUUAGAUGUACAGGAGGAAGAUGAGGGGAUUUACAACUGUUAUGUGAUAAAUCCUCCAGAUCGCAUACAUGGACAUGGAGACAUAAAGCUCAAGGUUUUUACUGAACUUCCCCCACCGAGAGACUCAACAAUUGCGGUUGCGAUUGGUGCAUCAGUGGGUGGAGCACUUGCUCUCCUUAUCCUUUCCAUGGUGGUAGUGAAAUUUAUUCGUCAUCAUCUCAAACAGGAUCUGCCCUCAGAGGAGAAGAUGGAGGAGGAAGGGAAAUUAGAGGCCGAAGGUGCCACAGAGGAGGGAACAAAACAACCAUAAAUGGGCCAUCGCGACAAGCGCCUGCAAAGCUGUCAACCCAGAACCUUCCCUGAAGAGGUGUGUCCUCCCCCCUGUUCAUAAGAGCCACUGACUGAAUCAUUAACCACCAAGUGCAUCUGUUCCUUCUGCAGCAUGAUUGUGUGUUUCUGUGGACUUGAGUGUGCUUUUGCGUAUACGUGUUUAAGAAAGAGACAGAUGUGUACUUGUCGCUUUACAGACAGGCAUUACAUCUACAUCUUAACUACCGGUAUGUUAAAAAUGGUAAUCCAUCUAUUUUUAGUGCAAGAUAUCAAGUAUCAAUGUCAAGGAACAAAUUUGUCAUUUUGUAUAACAGGUUAUGGCUGGAUUGUAUGACCUGACUUGUAUCCACCAGAAAUCAACAAUGAAGCAAUAGAAUCUAAAACGACUACAAAAAUAAAAAAUCUGUUUCUAACGCGACAGUAUAUGCUUUAUGGACAAUAGUACUGGGACACCAGCCUUCUGCACUGACAUGGAAGAAAAAAAGCAUUUGGCCGACUUAGUUUUGCGUAACGUAACUUUCUACAAAAUCUUUGUGUUCAAUGACUAUCACUGUUGUGUUCCAGUUCAUCCCAAAGGUGUUUGAUGGGGUAGAGGUCAGGGCUGUCAAGUUCUUCCACGGCAAACUCAUCUGAUCAAUCUUUUAUCAACCUUGUUUUGUGCACUGGGCCAAAUUGAAACAUUUUGAUUCAGGGGUAACCGAGUGGUUUAGACCAACCCCUGAAUGAUUGAAGAAUUGAUUAAAAUGUGUAUCCCAAGUCUAGUAGUGUAUUUGAAUCGAAUGUAGUCAGUAUUGCUGAGUGACCAUAUUCUUCUAAUAUUAAUAGACUGGAAUGUGAAAUGUAUCUAAAUGUGUCUAGUUUUAUUUGUUUUUAUUUAUUUAUUUUUGUAAUAAAGACAAAACCCACCAUGGA